AAAACCCCUCGCUAAAUUCUCUUCCUGCUUUGUCUUCACGCUUGGCUUUGUUGUUUGUUGAAGCUGAGAAAAACAGAACAAGAAGAAGAAGAAGAAGAACAAAAUGAAGAAAGCAAUGGUGAAGUGCCCGAAGAAGCACGUGAACUUGUUCUACUCCGUUGACUGUGAGGAACUCGCUCGCAAUGUUGCUUCUCAUUCAUUUGACCACGUCACUCUUCAGAGUAUCAAAUGGAGGUCUUUUGCUGAUGGAUUUCCAAAUAUUUUUAUAGAAAAUGCAGAAGAGCUCCGAGGUCAACACGUUGCUUUUCUGGCAUCUUUCAGCUCCCCAGCACAUAUCUUUGAGCAACUUUCUGUUGUGUAUGCACUCCCUCGUCUAUUUGUCGCUUCGUUCACAUUGGUAUUGCCUUUCUUUCCAACUGGAUCCUUCGAGCGAAUGGAGGAAGAAGGAGAUGUAGCAACUGCCUUCACCCUUGCAAGGAUGUUGACGAAUAUUCCGAUUUCAAGAGGUGGCCCAACUAGUUUAGUCAUAUAUGACAUUCAUGCUUUGCAGGAGAGGUUUUAUUUUGGAGAUGAGGUUUUGCCCUUGUUUGAGACCGGUAUUCCUCUCUUAAAGCAACGCUUGCAACGGCUUCCGGAUGCCAAAAAUGUAGUUAUAGCAUUUCCAGAUGAUGGUGCUUGGAAGAGGUUUCACAAGCAGUUUGAUAGUUUCCGAGUGGUAGUAUGUACAAAAGUUCGUGACGGUGACAAGCGGAUAGUUCAACUCAAGGAAGGCGACGUCACCGGUCAUCAUGUAGUAAUUGUUGAUGAUUUGGUUCAAUCUGGAAGCACCCUGGUUGAGUGUCAGGCAAUUUUAGCAUAUCAAGGUGCAGCAAAGGUGAGCGCCUAUGUCACACACGGCGUAUUCCCCAAGCAAUCGUGGGAGCGAUUCACUCAUAAAGACGGAGCCUCGGAUAAUGCUUUUGCACACUUUUGGAUCACAGAUUCUUGCCCUUUAACUGUGAAAGCUAUUGCAAACAAAGCUCCUUUUGAAGUAUUGAGUCUAGCAGGAUCUAUUGCUAAUGCCCUACAAAUAUGAAGGCAAAUUAGGGAACUACUAAUAAUAUUGGAUAGAAUAUUCAAGUUGGUGAUAAAGGAGAUCCUCAACUUCAAUUUUUUUUUUCCUGUUUUUACAUUACAAUAACAUCCUUUCAUCUCUGCUGUAACCUUAGCAUGGUGAAACCUGUGAAUUUAGUUUCUAUUAUGAUUGUUCUCUAGCAUAAAAGCAAGACCUAUGCAUAAUGCAAAUUAAAUCAUCCAAAUUUUGCUCUGUA